AAGGGUCUCUGUGCAGAAACAGGAAUGGAUUUCCCUGAGGCAGAGAGGACUCCAUUGGACCCCAGGCAGAGGCCGCUGGGGGAUGGAAUCAUGUCGGCAAGACCUACUAAAUCAUAUCCCCUUUCUGGUGGAGUUUCUGGUGGAGGAGAAGCUGUUGCUAUCGCCCCAGAUCAGAAUCCAGUGUCUUUGGAGGAUGUGGCUGUGCAGUUCACGGAAGAGGAGUGGGCUUUGCUGAAUCCUGACCAGAGAGCUCUGCAUAGCGAAGUCAUGGAGGGGAUUUGUGGGACUCUGUCCUGUCUUGAAGAUGAUGAGUGGAAAGCCAAGAGGAAGGGAGAACCAUGUGGGCAAGAGAGAUGGAAAAGAGACAGAUCUGAAAACAGGGAAGAGCAGAGAAGGAAACCUGAAGCAGAAGAGAAAAGGAGGAAUAAAUCUUGCGCUUCUCAGGGCAGUGGCUACCAUAAAACUGCCAUCCGAGAAAAAACAGAUCAAGGAAGAAAAAGAAAUAAAUAUUUUCAUUGUUCGAAAAGUCUGAAUUCUAAAAGAAAGUGUAAAAAAGCCCACUACAAAAACCAGAAAAGGGAGAAAGCAUAUCAAUGUUUGAAAUGUGAAAGGAGGUUUAGCUGCAAGGCAAGUCUCAUUUUGCAUCAAAGAAUGCACACCGGUGAGAAACCAUAUAAGUGCUUAGAAUAUGGAAAGAGCUUCCGUCAGAAGAGAAAUCUGAAUUCCCAUCAAAGAAUUCACACUGGAGAGGAACCAUAUAAGUGUUUGGAAUGUGGAAAGAGCUUCAGGUGGAAAGAACAACUCGCUGCCCACCAAAGUAAUCACACUGGGGAGAAACCAUAUAAAUGUUUGGAAUGUGGGAAGAGAUUCCGCUGGAAACACUUACUCACUGCCCACCAAAAUGUUCACACCGGGCAGAAACCAUAUAAGUGCCUAGAAUGUGGAAAGAGCUUCUGUCAGAAUAGCAAUCUGACUUCCCAUCAAAGAAUGCACACUGGAGAGAAACCAUAUAAGUGCUUGGAAUGUGGAAAGAGCUUUCGUCGGAAGACACAUCUGACUUGCCAUCAAAGAAUUCACACGGGUGAGAAACCGUAUAAAUGCUUGGAAUGUAGAAAGAGCUUCAUUUGCAAAGAGCAACUCACUCCCCAUCAAAGAAUUCACACCGGAGAGAAACCAUAUAAGUGCUUAGAAUGUGGAAAGAGCUUCAGUUGGAAACAGCAACUCACUGCCCAUCAAAGUGUUCACACUGGGGAGAAGCCGUAUGAAUGCCUGGAAUGUGGAAAGUGCUUUACUAGAAAUUACUCUCUCACUUUGCAUCAAAGUAUUCACACUGGGGAGAAACCAUAUAAGUGCUUAGAAUGUGGAAAGAGCUUCAGUUGGAAAGACCAACUCACUGCCGAUCAAAGCAUUCACACUGGGGAGAAACCAUAUAAGUGCUUAGAAUGUGGAAAGAGCUUCAGUAGGAAACAGAAACUCACUGCCCAUCAAAGUAUUCACACUGGAGAGAAGCCAUAUAAGUGCUUAGAAUGUGGAAAAAGCUUCCAUCAGAAGAUAAAUCUGACUUCCCAUCAAAGAACUCACACUGGGGAGAAACCAUAUAAGUGCUUAGAAUGUGGAAAGAGCUUCAGUUGGAAACAGCAACUCACUGCCCAUCAAAGUGUUCACACUGGGGAGAAACCAUAUAAGUGCUUAGAAUGUGGAAAGAGCUUCCGUCAGAAGACAAAUCUGACUUCCCAUCAAAGAAUUCACACUGGGGAGAAGCCAUAUAAGUGCUUAGAAUGUGGAAAGAGCUUCACUAGAAAUUCCUCUCUCACUUUGCAUCAAAGUAUUCACACUGGGGAGAAACCAUAUAAGUGCUUAGAAUGUGGAAAGAGCUUCAGUUGGAAAGAGCAACUCACUGCCCAUCAAAGUAUUCACACUGGGGAGAAACCAUAUAAGUGCUUAGAAUGUGGAAAGAGCUUCCGUCAGAAGAAAAAUCUGACUUCCCAUCAAAGAAUUCACACUGGGGAGAAACCAUAUAAGUGCUUAGAAUGUGGAAAGAGCUUCAGUAGCAAACAGAAACUCACUGCCCAUCAAAGUAUUCACACUGGGGAGAAACCAUAUAAGUGCUUAGAAUGUGGAAAGAGCUUCCGUCAGAAGACAAAUCUGACUUCCCAUCAAAGAAUUCACACUGGGGAGAAACCAUAUAAGUGCUUAGAAUGUGGAAAGAGCUUCAGUUGGAAAGUGCAACUCACUGCCCAUCAAAGUAUUCACACUGGGGAGAAAGCAUAUAAGUGCUUGGAAUGUGGAAAGAGCUUCAGUCAGAAGAGAAAUCUGACUUCCCAUCAAAGAAUUCACACUGGGGAGAAACCAUAUAAGUGCUUAGAAUGUGGAAAGAGCUUCAGUAGGAAACAGAAACUCACUGACCAUCAAAGUAUUCACAUUGGGGAGAAACCAUAUAAGUGCUUAGAAUGUGGAAAGAGCUUCAGUCAGAAGACACAUCUGACUUCCCAUCAAAGAAUUCACACUGGGGAGAAACCAUAUAAGUGCUUAGAAUGUGGAAAGAGCUUCAGUUGGAAAGAGCAACUCACUGCCCAUCAAAGUAUUCACACUGGGGAGAAACCAUAUAAGUGCUUAGAAUGUGGAAACAGCUUCAGUCAGAAGAGAAAUCUGACUUCCCAUCAAAGAAUUCACACUGGGGAGAAACCAUAUAAGUGCUUAGAAUGUGGAAAGAGCUUCAGUAGGAAACAGAAACUCACUGACCAUCAAAGUAUUCACACUGGGGAGAAACCAUAUAAGUGCUUAGAAUGUGGAAAGUGCUUCCGUCACAAGACAAAUCUGACUUCCCAUCAAAGAAUUCACACUGGGGAGAAACCAUAUAAGUGCUUAGAAUGUGGAAAGAGCUUCCGUAGGAAACAGCAACUCACUGCCCAUCAAAGUAUUCACACUGGGGAGAAACCAUAUAAGUGCUUAGAAUGUGGAAAGAGCUUCACUAGGAAACAGCAACUCACUGCCCAUCAAAGUAUUCACACUGGGGAGAAGCCAUAGAA